UCCGACACCAAGAUGAUCCCGAAAGUGAUUUUGUUCACCUUGUUGGCUGUUGUGGGAGCCGAUAGGCUUCCGUCUACUUCUUAUGGUGCACCCGCCAGGGGAAGUGGGGGCUUCGGGGGAUCCAGAGGCGGCGUUGGUGCAGGUUUCGGAGGGCCCGCUGGUGCAGGUUUCGGAAGGCCCGCUGGUACAGGUUUUGGAGGGCCCGCUGGUGCAGGUUUUGGAGGGCCCGCUGGUGCAGGUUUCGGAGGGCCAGCUGGUGCAGGUUUCGGGGGAGCUGGCAGUGGAAGUUCUCUUAGCGGAAGCUACAGACCUUCAGGUCCCGUAGUCCCCAUCUUAAGAGACGACCGUCAGGGACCUGAUGAGUAUGGAAACUAUAAUUUUAACUUUGAAACUGGUGAUGGCAUCAGUCGUCAGGAGCAAGGCGCCCCUCAGGGUCCAGCUGGCGCUGUGGCAGCUCAAGGAGGAUGGACAUUUACUUUCCCCGAUGGAACUCCCGCUGUUUUCAAGUUCGUAGCAGAUGAAGGUGGUUACCGCGUGGAGUCUGACCUGGUGCCCACGCCCCAUCCUCUUCCCGCCCACGCUAUCGCCCAGAUCGAGAAGGCUCGUCAGGAAGACGCUGCUGCAGCUGCUGCAGGUGGACGAGGAUCAUACGGCGCUGCUUCAGGCUCUGUUUCUCAGUUUGCUGGAGCACCUGCUGGUGACUUCGGUGGUUCACCUGCUGGUGGUUUCGGUGGUUCACCUGCUGGUGGCUUCGGUGGUUCACCUGCUGGUGGCUUCGGUGGUUCACCUGCUGGUGGCUUCGGUGGUUCACCUGCUGGUGGCUUCGGUGGUUCACCUGCUGGUGGCUUCGGUGGUUCACCUGCUGGUGGCUUCGGAACUUCACGCCGUGGAAGCGCUCCUGCGGCUCUCAGAAGAACUUAUGGCGCCCCAUAAGCAUCACUCUAUAUUGUACCAGUGACCCCAUAAUUCUUCUUUCAUAUUAGAAAUUAUCUCGCUUGAAAUCUCGUUGAACAGUGUUGCUGAUGACGUUCGUGGACUCCUUAGUCCUAGUAAUACAAAGUCAUGGAAGCUUCAUACUACCACACAUGGUCUGAUGUUUGACACUGCGUGGACAAUACGCUUAUUACUUUUACUGUUACGUAUUUAAUAAAAUGAUUUUAAACUUUUUAUAUGUAAUAUAAAUUCCAAAAAAAAACUAAAUUAAGAUUUCGAGAAAGACUGCAUUCCUAAAAUAAACAAACGUUCAUUUAAGUCAUUCCUUUUAGGUGGAUAAUCUGUUAUCGACAGAUUCUUUUAUCAUAUGUAUAUAUUUUUUCAACGUAAGUGGUCAUGGGAAACUCCACCACGGACAUUUUGUUUAUAGAUUUUCGAGCGGCAGUAUAUUCCGAGAAUAUCCUUGUCUAAUUACUUCAUAAAUCUGGCACCAGAUCUAUAAACUGAGUGGUAACUGGGGCUUGUGUUGUCAUCUGACUGAUGACUGGUAACUGUGUGACAAGAGUCAGGAGACAAGACAGUUGUAACCUGACUGGUGAGUGAUGACUGUGUGGAAAGGUGGGGGUCAUCUUGGAGAUGUAUACCUGGAGUAUACCUGGAGAGAGCUCCGGGGGUCAACGCCCCCGCGACCCGGU